CUAAGCACUUCCAGGGCGUGCGGCGCUGCUGCUCCCCCUUUGAGCCGGCGGGGGGGUGGGGGGGGGUCAGCGCCUCUCAGCUCGCCAUCCUGGACUGCCUCCACCAGGGGGCCACCUCACUCAGCCUCAAGGCCCACUUCAUCACCCAGCUUCCUGACCUGUCUUUACUGGCCAACACUCUGGUUUAUCUGAACCUGUCCUUCAACAACCUGUCUGAGUUCCCCUUGGAGCUGUGUGCUCUACGGCGCCUCCAGCAGUUGAAGAUGAGGAACAACCCCCUGCAGCACCUCCCCCCCGAGAUCCACACCAUGAGCAGCCUCCACACACUAGUGCUGUCCUUCUGCAGACUACUGCAGCUACCUAACCAGUUGUAUUCUCUUCCUUGUCUUCAGCACUUGGACGUCUCUUAUAACCUGCUGACUUCUCUCAGCAGUAGCAUCAGAAACCUCAGGUCCCUGCGCUCUCUGAAUGUGGAGGGGAACCAGCUGCUGGGUCUACCGGCGGGUGUGUGUCGUCUGUCGCUGCAUCAGCUGCGACUGGCCCUUAACUACACACACCCCGCACUCUGGAACACACACACACACACACACAGCCCACAGAGACUGGAACACACUGCUGCACGCGCUCUCACACUCACACACCUCAACCAACACACACUACCUACACAGGCACAGCAGCUUCUCAGCAGGGUGUGUGUGUGUGAGUGUUGUCGGGGGCCCAUGUUCGGUGAGGGCCUGCGUCUGAUUCGGCCGUGUUCCGAGCUCUUUGGUGUUGCCAUGGUACCGCUGGUGUUCUACGCCUGCAGCCCCUCCUGCCGUAGAACCUUCCAGAACCAGACGGAGAACCUCAUCCAGCUGCUGUACCAGGACUGAACACACACACACACACACACACACACACACACACACACCUCACCCAGCUGCUGUAUCAGGACUGAACACACACACACACACACACACACCUCACCCAGCUGCUGUAUCAGGACUGAACACACACACACACACACACACACACACCUCACCCAGCUGCUGUACCAGGACUGAACACACACACACACACACACACACACACACACCUCACCCAGCUGCUGUAUCAGGACUGAACACACACACACACACACACACACACACACACACACACACACACACACACACACACACACACACACACACACACACACACACACACACACACACACACACACACACACACACACACACCUCACCCAGCUGCUGUAUCAGGACUGA